CGCCGGGGGCGGGGCACCCGGAAGCGCGCGCGGACUUGCCGGAGUGCGGCGGGGACGCGGGAGCACCGCCCGGACCGCGGCGGGCUGUAGUCACAGGUGGGCAGCGGCGGCGGCGAGGGGGCGGCUGAGCAGAGUCGGGGUCCCGGAGACUCCAGCCAUCACGCCGGGAGCUUCGCGGAGCAGAGAUCGGACACGUCCGCGCCUCCGGAGGAGCCGACCGUUCUCCCCUCUGCUUUGGCUUCUUCGGCUGCAGCCGCACCUCGGCCCUGGAGCGCAGGCGUUGGCGGUUAAUCAGAGAGGCGUGGAUGUGUUUACAAGAUGUGAGUUGUGUUCUUUCCACCUUCACCUUUUGAGGGCUUCUUACGCCUCAUGGUGACAGGUGGGAAUCAUGACACAGAAGGGCAGUAUGAAGCCAGUGAAGAAAAACAAAGCGGAAGAACCUGAAUUAGAGCCCCUGUGCUGCUGCGAGUACAUAGAUCGAAAUGGAGAAAAGAACCACGUGGCUGCCUGUUUGUGUGAUUGCCAAGAUCUGGAUGAAGGGUGUGAUAGAUGGAUUACGUGUAAAUCCGUGCAGCCAGAGACUUGUGAAAGAAUCAUGGAGACGCUCUCUGAUCGCCUCCGAAUUCCUUGGCUCAGAGGAGCCAAAAAAGUGAACAUUAGCAUCAUUCCCCCUCUCAUCCUCCUGCCCGUCUUCCUUCGCGUGGCUUCCUGGCAUUUCGUCCUGGGGGUGGUGGUUUUGACUUCCCUUCCUGUGCUGGCUCUGUGGUACUACUACCUCACUCACAGAAGGAAAGAGCAGACCCUGUUCUUCCUGAGCCUCGGGCUGUUCUCCCUGGGCUACAUGUACUAUGUGUUCCUGCAGGAAGUGGUCCCCAGAGGGCGUGUGGGGCCCACUCAGCUGGCUCUUCUUACCUGCGGGUUAUUUCUGAUCCUCUUCGCCCUGUACAGAGCCAAGAAGAAUCCAGGCUACCUCAGAAAUCCAGCGGGCAAUGACAGGUCUCUAGGCAGCGGCCAAAUGGAGUGCCUGAACAGAAAAGGGCAGGAGAAGACCAAAGGGUUCCCUGGCACAGAUACAUCAGGCAGUCUCAACAGCCGCACGCUGAAGGACGGUCUAACGGGCUCUUCCAGGAUGUUGGCUGGAAGCCCCACCAAGGUGAAAGAGGACUGGUGUGCCAAGUGCCAGCUGGUGCGACCAGCCCGAGCGUGGCAUUGCCGGAUAUGUGGCAUGUGUGUGAGGAGAAUGGAUCAUCACUGUGUCUGGAUAAAUAGCUGUGUCGGAGAAUCAAAUCAUCGAGCGUUUGUACUUGCCCUUUCCAUCUUCUUGCUCACCUCGGUGUACGGGAUCACGCUGACCUUGGACACCAUCUGUAGAGAUAGAAGUGUCUUCACAGCUCUCUUCUAUUGUCCUGGAGUGUAUGCCAAUUACAGCUCGGCCCUGUCCUUCACCUGUGUGUGGUACUCGGUGAUCAUCACCGCUGGCAUGGCCUACAUCUUCCUGAUCCAGCUGAUAAACAUCAGUUACAAUGUGACCGAGAGGGAAGUCCAGCAGGCCCUCCGGCAGAAGACGGGGCGCCGGCUCCUGUGUGGGCUCGUCGUGGACCCAGGCCAGUACAAUCGGGGCUUCCUGCGGAACUGGCACCUGUUCUCCACCCUGGGCACUCGCCCCUUCCACCACCCUGCUGAGGACAUUGUCUGAAGUGCCUUCUGCCUGGUGGGCGGCGUGAGGGGUGACUCCUCCCUCUGCUCCCUUCCCUCGUACGCUUCAGGGUCCAUGCAGGAUGUUUGUUUUUAUCCCCAGUUUCUUAAAGGCAUUAUAGGGCCAUGCUCAGGUUUAGAGAGUGGACUGUGAAGAAAGUAAUUUUUCUUACUUCACAACUUAAGAGAUUUUUAUAUUGGAGGAGUAAAAGUAGAGCCAUUCCUUUCCAGUCACCUUGUUAACUAAACCACCAGAAGUCGAAAGGAUGUGGAUUGCUAAUGCACAAAUUGAUAGAAGCAAUUCCCAUCCAUUAGUGUGGGAGAAAGAGGCUUGGACUGGGAUAGUUUCUAGUCCCUCAUUUAAUCGCUACUGUAUUUCCCCGAAAAUAAUACCUAGCCAGACCGUCAGCGCUAAUGCAUUUUUUUGGAGCAAAAAUGAACGUAAGACCCGG